CGUCGAUCCGCUACUCUUUGAAACAUUGAAAGCAAAGGCAUUAUUUCUGAGAUAUCCUGAUAUAAUUCACCAUCGUUUGGCAUUAUCACUCUGCCGCUUAUAUUUGUUAUCAGGAACGCUUUCACUUCCGAGUCCCGCCAGGCUGCCGCCAAAUAGGCAUAGUCACAUGACCUGUCUUCCUGCGCCUCUGACAAAGCGACAGGCCUAAGCACAAGCCUGAGGGCGUCGUGUCUCUCAUUCACUGGCGCCCUGGAACGCAGCCUCACGAACGUCGUCCACGCCCAGCCUCAUAAGUCCUCGAGUCCUCUUAUGGCUGCCACUGUUUCCAUGAUCCGUUCUUCUAACCAGCUUCACAAUUCAUUCAGUCGAUGCUGAAAUGUGCGUGGCAUCGAUUGCCUUUAGGUUCGGGCAAACACCAUUCCAUCAGUCAGUAUGUCCGCCACGCCGGCGCCGACACGGAGGACUCCUUCAGCAUUCGAGCUCCUGAUUACCUGUAACCCUCCUAUCCUUGAAUCGCUACUAUCUCAGGUGCCGACUCAGACGAUCUUCCGGCUGUACCAAACAUCCUCCUUGCUCAGGGACUUCUUCCAAAAGUCUCCCACAUCAUGGCGAUACAUAUCAUGGCGUCUAUAUCAACCGGUGGUCACCGCAAUACCGGGACACGCUGCGGCUGGCGGAGCGGCGGCUCCUCGACAACAAUCUAGCAAUUAUGCCCUUGAUCAGAUUCUUUUAAACAUCAUCAAUCCCUUCAGCACGCGACUGACUAGUCUGGAAUUGGACAAUACCGCAGUCAGCGGUGCGACAUUGACUUCGACCGUCCUCAUCCUCAGACGAGAUAGUCUAACACACGUGUCGGUCCGGGGUUGCAAGAAUGUGUCAUUGAAAUAUCAUAUCAACCCAUGGCUGCAGAUGCAUGCUUUGGCCCGACAGUGUCCAUCUGCCGCUGGUCCGCCCGGGUUUGAGACGCUCGCACUAAAGAGCCUGUAUACGUACAGAUGUCGACACCACAGGAGAAGGCCGUAUUUACCAAGUAGUCUUAUGCGCAAAGAGAGCGACAGCGAACCCACGCACGAAUUGGUUCUUACUUGUCAUAAGUUGGGAAUCUGGACCGAUACUGCAUGGUGCACUACACCCGGCGCCCGUUGUUACCGCAGGAGGGGUUACGUUAAGAUGCGAAUGCCCCAGGACCCUCGGGAGGUGUGGGUGGUCUAUGACCGCUUGUGGAGAAGUCGCAACUGGCUCGGUCCCGUCGAACCGCCGGCCACCUCCAGCGAUACAGUCGCUCGGGAACGGAAACAUGACUGUAGGAGUUGGGAGUUUGAUGAAGAAGCACUCAACGGGGAGCCGAUUGGGACAGGAGCUGAGGGCAAAGCCACGCCAACUCACCUUCGAGAAUCUCACAGAAAGUUUGUGGAAAACAUCAUCUGCCAGAAUUGCUCGGACCCGAUCCUUGAGAGAUGUGAACAGUGCUCGGUUAUGAUGCACUGUUCAGGAUGCAGGAAAACUCUUUGUGCAAGUUGUGCUUUUGACAGGCCAUAUCUCCGGAACAAGAACGCUCCAGAGGAAGAGAGGAACAAGUUCUGGUGGGCUCCUGGUUGCGCAGUCUCACCUUGCUCAAUGCAGGACCAAGAUCUCCCUCCCAACGGAGCGGCAAAUGGUCAGCAGAACACAGUUACUAAUACGCUUCCUAACACCAAAUUCAGAUGGUGUUGUACGGAGCCAGUCUUUUCUGGAGGAGGUGGCAUAACGUUUGGACCCAAUUCAGGGCGUGACACUGACCGUAUUCGCGCCGCUCCGCUUCCGCAAGGUCAGGGGUGGGAAGAUCCUGAAUUUGACCCUAGCAGCCCACAGUUCGAAACACUCAGAACAGGGCAAUCGAGGAGCCUUUCGCAAAGCACCACCCUGGACGGCCCGGCCGGACGAUGGUCUUCAAUUGACAGUUUCUUCCAGAGUGUGGCCACUUUGAGCCCUUCAGCACAUCCUGCAGUGUCAGUUCCUCGAGUGCUAUGCGAUGAGUGCUACAACAUGAACCAGUGGAAAGUUAAAUGCAAGGCCUGUUCUACGGCGUUGUGCCUGAAGCAUGACAUCGGUGACCGCAUGCGGGCGAGAAUUUGUGGGUACAAAGAUCUUGCGGUAGAGAAACAAGAAUACAGAUCACGACAAAAAGCCAUCAACUUAUUGACGACGCUCAUGCGGCAAAGGAAAGAAAUGCUUCCCCGAAACCAAGCCUCUACUGAGUCCGAGAUAUCCAAGAGCGCAGCUGUUCAUAACACUGCCACAGCCCAGCCGAUGUCCUCCGCCUCUUCGGCAUCACGACCUUCGAGGGACCUACCUUCUGGACUUGGCGAAGGCGCUGCUGGGGAUCCAACUUCUUUGGACGCCGAGGUUGGGCAAUUCUUGAGAGAGCUGCAAUCGCCUCUAGCGGAAAUGGAUCUUCCACAUCGACCUUUAUCUCCUGCAUCGAACAGCACAGGCGUACUUUCUCGCUCAACCUCUCCCACACCAUCCGUCAACUCGGUCACAGUCGCCGAGACCAGCGGUGCUCCUCAAGGUCAAGUUUUCGCCGAGGUUUCAACCGUCCCUAGAUGGCAAGGCUGCCAGGCGUUCUUCUGUCCCACCAUGCGUACACCCGGAGAUCAUAGAAGACGGUGCACGGCGGUGAUGAAGCAAUGUGCCGAAUGCAAGGUGCACGUAUGUGGUGAUUGUGCAAAUGCACUAGACCCUCCCUGUCCCUGUAGGGGAUGCCGGCCAGCUCAAGGAGAAAACGCUGCCACCACCGUGACUGUCACAAUCACGAGCAAUCCGACCACAUUGUCCACAGAAACAAACGCGCCAUUCUUUUGCCCCAACUGUCGGUGGCACAGAAUGCUGACGGGGAAAUGUAAGCGAAAGUCAGAGGCAUUCCUUCGCGCCCAAUCCGCGUCGCAGAAAUUGAAAACUCGUCGAAGGCGCAAGGAGAAGAUACGGAAACCAUUGGAAGACAGACGGACAGAUUCUACCACCAACGAUUCCGUCUCAGCCACCGAAGAGGCAAUCGAUGGACUGGUGGAAUUCUUCACGAGUCUAAAUGCGCAGAGUACUGGGAUGGGCCAGCAUGACCACACCAUAUUAGUGGGUGAAUUGGAACCUCUGCCACAGACGGGAGCAGGGCCAAAUCACGAUAUCCAGGAAUUGGAAGACAUGGGAGCUUUGGCUAGGGACCUGAUUCGUCGAAUUCAGCGACUUAGAGAGCAGUUUCGACCUGGAUCACUGGCCGCACUCGCCUUGCCAGACAUCCGGGUGGAAGAUGAAGAAGAGGUCUCGGAGCUCAUCGCGGCAGUGGGACAAGCACAAGGCACAGCGUAUGUGCAAGAAGCGCCGGCCGUUGCCCCCGAUGGGUUGAACAUCGCAGGGCCCGUCCUCGAGGUGGCUGACGAUGAGGAACAACUUGACGGGGAGGAAUCGAAUACGGACUGAGCUGGCUCGGGGAUGAUGACAACAGAGCAUGAUUUUGAUUUUGCAGGGCGAAUGUGGGUGGGAUUCGUGGAAGGGAAAAGGCGCAGCGUGUUAUGAUUUACAAAUUGAUUUGACGAAGUCGGGACGCACUAUCACCAUGAAUACGAAACGAAACGAAAUGAAUAAAAGAUUUAGCUUUUCAAGUCUGGGAAUGACACUACCUGCUCAGUUGACGAUGUUUCGCAUGGCUCUUGUAUUCUUCUGCUCCGAAACUUUUUGUCCUUGCUAAAAAGUGUUCGAUAUCUCGUGCCGGU